AACGAGUUAGAAACUAUGGCUGUCGAGACCCUCUACGUCAUGCUGGUUCUGCUCACCACCGCUCGCUGCAACUUCACCGCAAGAAGAAUAUCCGACUACGAUUAUUUAGAAUACCAAAAAUACAAUUCAAGCGACUUAGACACAACCAUAGAACUUAAAACAGAGAGGAUAGACGUCAUAGAACUUAAAACUGGCAAACCAGAUAUCAAAAAUGAGACUAAGAGUUCAUGCGAAAACGUAGAACCACAUGUUGAACGAGUGAUUAACAAUAAAAUCAACUCAGUAUAUUUGAAUAACAUUUAUACAGGAAUGACGAGUUUAAAGGAGAUAUCGGGGAAGAUAGAGGUGGACGGUGUGGGUUUGUACGAUUUGCUGAGCAGUGAUUGUGGGGGAGCCAAGAUAUGCCCCAGUUUAAGUUCUAAUUGGACCUCAGAGAACACGAUUACGAUCGGAUUCCUGGGAGCGUAUAAAUGGAGUCAGACUAUCUUAGGCGCGUUGCCGCUGGCGGUGGCAGCGGUGAACCGCGAGCCUAGCUUGCUGCCCGGGCUCCGCCUGCGUUUCGUGGUCGCCGACAUCGGCCGGUCGCGACCGAACAUGCCGGUGGACAAGGAUAGCAUGACUCUGAGAGUAAUGAGUCAGAUGCGGGACUUGGGGGUCGUGGCGUUCUUCGGGCCCGAUGACACGUGCCACACCGAGGCGAAACUGGCCGCGGCUUGGAACCUGCCGCUUAUAUCCCAUAAAUGCCAUUCGGCUACGGGGCCAGUGGACCACACGGGCGUCAGCCUCGGCUGCACAUUCGCCCGGACCCUGCCCCCGGCCUUCAAGAUUAGCAAGUCCGUCAUGGCGCUGCUGAAGGCUUUCAAGUGGAACAAGUUCGCCAUCGUCGCUGGGGAAGGGGUCGCUGCGCAACAGAAAGACGCUAUUAAGAAAUUGGCAACGCACAAUGACAUGACAGUGACGGCCGAGCACACUUUUCCUUACUACAUCCCCUUGAACAUAUCCAACAUGGAGAAAAUAGUGGACCAAACCUACUAUAAGACUAGAGUGUACGUGUUCCUGGGAGAGCAUGUGGCGCUGGUAGACUUCGUGAUGGUGCUGCAGCGCCGCGGACUGCUGCAGACUGGUGACUACGCCGUGGUGGCGGUCGACGACGAGAUAUACGACCCGAGCAUCUCCACCAUCGCCCAUGCCGAUCAUCUCGGACAGAACAGCAGCAGUGACAUCAUGGCUUUCAGGGCUGUGCUCAAACUUACACCCUCGUUCCCAACAAACCCUAUUUAUGCGGAGCUGUGUCAGAUGAUCCGCAACCACUCCGCUGCGCCACCUUUCUGCGUCCCCAACUACCACAAGUUAUACGAAGAGGCUUCUGUACCAAUAGAAGCGGCUCACCUAUACGACGCCGUGGUGUUGUGGGCCCGGGCCGCCACCGCUGCAAUGCGCGCGGGCCUGCCAGCCACCGAUGGCGCCAGCCUGAUGAAGCUCCUCCGACCAACUACCUACCGAUCUGUUCAGGGGUUUGAUGUUUACAUGGACAGCGCUGGUGACGCCGAGGGUAACUUCACGGUGAUAGGGCUGGUGGAAGACGAGACGGCUCCAGGAGGUUGGCGAGCGGCGCCAGUAGCCACCUUCCGAUAUGCCAACUCUUCAGACAUGCUACCGGAACUGGUGGGUGCCAACAAAAUCGUCUGGCUGAACGGAAAGCCGCCGGCAGCCGAGCCGCCUUGCGGCUUCGACAGACUGAAGUGCUCCCUUCCUCACGACCCGGGCGUGCUGUCGGCUAUUAUUGCGGUCGCUGCGGCGGCCAUUUUGGCGCUAGCUUUGCUGCUGCGGCAUUACAGAUACGAACAGAAGCUGGCCAGUGUGCUGUGGAGGAUUGAAGCGAAGGACCUCACAUUUAUACUGGCGUGCAAUGAUGGAGAUAAGACGUUACUCCCGCAAGACAACGAAGCGAGGCGAGCGCAUACCACCAUCGCGAUGUACAGAGGCAACAUUGUGGCAGUUAAGCGGCUACAGAAGAAAAGCAUCGACGUCACUAGAGCUAUUAAGAAGGAGUUGAAACAGAUUCGCGAACUGCGCCACGAAAACAUCAACGCAUUCGUGGGUGUGUGCGUGGAAGCCGGCUCCACGUGCAUCGUGUCAGCUUACUGUUCCCGGGGCUCCUUGGCUAGAGUGUUGGCUGACCGAGACCUGCAUCUAGACGAUAUGUUCGUGGCUAGUUUGGUGGCGGAUCUACUACGAGGCUUAACAUACCUACACGAUUCAGCGCUUGUCUCGCAUGGGAACCUUACGAGCAGCAACUGCCUCGUGGACAGCCGAUGGGUGCUACAAAUUGCUGACUACGGACUUCAUAAUCUCAAAUACGGUUGCGCAGACGCGGAGGACGCACUGCGCAUGGAACGACGCAUGCUCUGGCGCGCACCAGAGCUGCUCCGAGACCCCAACCCCCCCUCCCGCGGCUCGCAGAAGGGGGACGUGUACUCUUUUGGCAUCAUCCUGUAUGAGAUACUGGGGAGAAACGGACCGUGGGGCGACACCAAUCUGACUAAUGCUGAAUUUUCAAGACCAAGUUCGGCUUUGCAAGCCAUAUCCGAGCACACGCUCGUAACGAAAACGAACAUCUUUGACAACAUGUUGGCGAUGAUGGAGAAGUACGCAAGCAACCUUGAAGCGCUGGUGGCGGCUAGAACUGAGCAGUUACUGCAGGAGAAGAGGAGGACAGACGAUCUGCUGCAUAGAAUGCUGCCCAGGACGGUGGCGGAGGCGCUGAAGCGAGGCGAGAGGGUCCAGGCGGAGAGCUAUGACAGUGUCACGAUAUACUUCAGUGACAUCGUCGGCUUCACCAAUCUGGCGGCUACCAACACGCCUAUGCAGGUGGUGGAAAUUCUGAACGAUUUGUACACGUGCUGUGAUGCCAUCAUAUCAUAUUACAACGUUUACAAGGUGGAGACGAUAGGCGACGCGUACAUGGUAGUUGGUGGUGUCCCUGAGCGCUGUUCGCGACACGCCGCCGAGGUAGCUUCGCUAGCGCUACAUGUAUUGGACGCGGUGCCUAAGAUUCGAAUGAGGAACAUGCCGGCCGCUCGACUUUAUAUACGAAUCGGUAUACACAGUGGGCAGUGCGCAGCCGGCGUGGUUGGUGUCAAGAUGCCUCGCUACUGCUUGUUUGGAGACACGGUGAAUACGGCAGCGCGUAUGGAGUCCAGCGGGGAACCACACAAGAUCCAUGUCAGCAACGACACUUACAAGCUGCUACGGCAACAUGGCGGGUACCAUUUUAAGGAGAGGGGCAUUGUCAAUAUCAAGGGGAAGGGUGAUAUGAAAACGUGGUGGCUAGUCGGAGAGGAUCAUGAGAGGAGAAAAAACUCACUAUCGCGAUAUCAACCAGGCCUCGACAGGCCCUCGCAGUCCGAAGACUCAAUAGAACCCUGGUGGAACCCGAACCGUUCUAUCCAGAGCAUCCGUGACCGGGCGCGCCUGUCCUGCGGGGGCUCUCUCGGCCCCGGCUCAGCCCUGUCCUCCCCCGGCCCCCCCGCCUGCGCCUGCUUCGUCCCGCAACGCGACCACCACUCCGCUCCGGCCGUCAGCUUCUGCGACGACUGACGCUAACGGCCUACCCGACCCUUUCACCAAAAGACUGAUACUGACGAAAAUGUCAAUAACUAUAAUACUUACGUUAACGAGUGCGAGGAGGCGGAGAUGAGGAGACUGAAACAGGGCGCUGAUGAGAGAGCGAGAGGCUUGGCUGCUAUGCAAAGACUAUGUUCCGUCGAUUUUGACUACGGUACCUGGUUAUAAACAAUUUCAUACCUAUAUAGGAUUCUAAUUAAGUGGGUCAAUCCGCGGCAAGAGUAACAUGAGUCACGAUUUUAUAGCAUGUUCCAUUUAUUCAUGAUGCAAGUUCAAGUGAUACAUUGAUAAUCUAUCUCUAAAUAAGUGUUACUUUCCCGAUAUAUUCAUAGAUCCUUUCAUUUGCGGCUGUACUUAGUUCAAAUAAACAAUCAAUGUAAUCGUGACUCACGUUGCUUUCACGUGGAUUCACCCAGGUACAUGUUAAGGCAUAUUAAGGUGUUAUACCUACACUUGCCAGUCGUAAACUUUCAAUACUAUUUUCGAUAUUAUUUGUAUCGAUAUACACUGUAGCAACUGACUUUUUUAUCGUUACAAAGGCGUUUUACUAAAUAUUUAGUUCCUAACUUUUUUUUUGUAAUAGUAAGCAACGAAAAAACAACGUAUCUUUGACCUAGAAUACCUAGAUUUAUUUGAUAGAGAAUUAUUUAAUAAAAUAUUGACAUACUAUAAUAUAUUUAGUAUUCAUGUGCACUGUGUCCUUUGUUCGCGAUCUCAAUUUAAUUUAAGCUUAUUGAAUAUUGAAUAAAUAUCAGACAAUUGCAUGUAAAUAUAAACGAUGGAAGACCUAAAGUAA